ACAGAAGAUGGCAUCCGCCCGACAAGGACUUUGACUGAGAAAAAACUUACUUACUGCUGUGCCUGCUACUUCUUCAACUACCUUGAUCGCCAAUCAUUUGCCAAUGCAUAUGUCUCUGGUCUGCGUGAGGACUUGGGUCUCGUUGCCAAUGAAUACAGCAUCUUGUUGUCAAUGUGGACCGCAGGCAGCGUCGUUGCUGGCGUCCCUCACUCGCUGAUCAUCCAGAAAGUCGCACCUCGGAUCUGGCUUCCGUUGAAUCUGAUUCUCUGGUCAGGAGUGACCAUGUGUCUUGCCGCAUGCACAGAUUUCAAAGGUCUGUGUGCAACUCGUUUCUUCCAGGGCUUCUUCGAGGCAAGUGUCUAUGGAGGCAGCAUGUAUGUGUUUGGAUCAUGGUAUACACCUUCUGAACUCUCCAAGAGAGCUGCGAUCUUCACUGCCGUCGGACAGGUUGGUAGUUUGUUCUCGGGGCUCAUGAUGACAGCGAUGAAUAAUUCUCUGCACGGUAAUGCCGGUCUCACUGGCUAUCAGUGGGUAUUCAUCAUCAAUGGCCUGAUGGGUAUACCUUUUGGCAUUUUCGGCUUCUUCUUCUUUCCCAAUCUUCCGGAGACCACCACGGCUCCUUAUCUCAGUAAGGAGGAAAUCCAGAUUGCGCAUGAUAGACUCGGAGCCAGGAAAGAGAACAGUCACAGUAUUCACUGGAAAACGUUGGUUGGCAGAGUGCUCAAGACACCGCACAUCUAUCUACUCGCCUCGUUAUCCGUCAUUUCUGGCAUGCUCGAGGCAUUUGCGUUCCAAGGCAUGUUGCUGCUCUGGAUGAAGUACCACAAGGCUCGGUUCAGCCAGACCGCCAUUACCACUUAUCCUCUGGGCAUCCAAUCCGUGGCUAUCGUCUCUCAAAUCGGCGCUGGCAUCUUCAUCGACCGAACAGGCCAAAGGGUUCCCAUGGUGGUAUUGGCGGCGAGCAUCCAACUAGUCACCGCUAUCUUGCUCUUGCAACCGCGUCUGCCUGAUGGUGGAAUUUUUGCCGCUCAUUAUCUCAGUGGCACUUCAUUCAUCGUCAACCCUGUCAUGUAUGGCUGGGCAAACACCAUUCUUCAACGCACUGGAGACGAUGCGGCGAGAUCGGUAAUCUUGUAUACCAUGGCGUUGAGUGGUCAGCUCUUGUACACGUUUUGGGGUAUCGUCAUGUAUCCUGCAACCGAUGUGCCGUACUGGAAGAAAGGAGCAAUCACUAUGGUUGUUGUGUGUUUUGCAUAUGUUGCAAUUGGCUUUGGUGUUAAGAAGGUGAGUCUUCUCCUUUACCUUGUUAAAAUGCAGUUUGCUAAUCUUGCUGCAGNNCUUGAUGAUAAAACGAGACCACUGUCGUCGGAUGGCAGUGAUUACGAGACCACCGAGGAAGUAGUGUUGGAAAGUGAAGUGACAAAGGUCGGC